GCCGCCAAGGUCGCACCGCUGCCAACGGGAGCGAAGCGCUUCCUCGUCGUCGGCCAGCCGCGCGCCGGCUCGACGUGGCUCACGAAGUACUCGCCGCUGCUCGCGCGAUGCCCGGGCGUCGUCUCGACGGGCGAGGCCCUCCACCCGCUUACGGUGGAACGCCUCGCGCCGCAGCUCUUGGGGCACGAAUCGGCGGCGCCAUUACCGCUGCCCGACUACACGGCCUACGUCCGAGGCGUCUUCGAGAAGCUGGAAGCCGGUGGCUGGAACGAGUCCUCCCGGCCCCUCAUGACAAGCCCAAGGGGCGCGGGCUUCAAGGUCCUCUACCCCCAGCUGCCGAAGCGGGGCUUCGGCGUCGACUCGCAGUCGGCGCUCAAGGGGUUUCUCAAGUACGCCGCGGCGUCGCGCGUCACGCUCGUCCACCUCGUGCGCCUGUCGCAGCUCGAGCGCUUCAUGAGUCUCGAGAGCAUCCGCCAGGGUCAGAUACAGUACCAUGAUGGGGACUUGCCGUCGUCGCAUUCGCGGUCGCGACCCGCCCCGCUCUACAUUGAUCCAUCAAAAGCAUAUGCGUGGGCCACGAAGCAGGCCGAGCAGAACGAGCACCUCCAGCUCUUCUUCGAUAGAUAUUGCGAAAAGUUCGGCGGGACCUGCCUCACCGUAACGUACGAGCGCCUUUCGUCAAAAAAUGCCAUCUGGGCCUUCGCGGAGCUGCGCCUCGCGAUUUUUGGCGAGUCCGUCGCGUGCGCGCCCGGCGCCUCUCCACCCGAAUGGGUGCCCUGUUCGGAGCGCGUAUCUAAUUGGCCCGAAGUCGCCCGGCGCUUCAACGGCACGCUCUGGCUCGAUUUGUGUCUUGAGAACACGAUCCCCGCGUGGGCGCGCCUCGCGGCGGCGCGGCACGCGCGCGCGCGGGCGCGGGUGACGCGCACGAAGGCCCAUCGAGACGUCGACGACGCGGCCCUCGCGCGGGCGGCGGCGCACCUCCACGACAAGGGCGCCUUCUUCGACGCCGCGGGGCAGUUGACCUAUGUGCCGCCGGGACCGGCCCGGCGGCCUCGGCGGGAGGAGAAAUACAAGCGGGUCUACUAGUCGGCACGCGGCAGCUGACCUCCACGCAAUCGACGCGGCGCUUGCUCGAUGGCGUGGCCAGGGGGUGUGUUAACUAAACUUGUGGUUAAGCAGACACUUGGGGCGCACGCGCGGUCACGCCAGUGGCAGGGAGGCGCCGGCUCCGCGCCAAGGAUCAGAGCGCCAAAUCCAGGUGCAGCGUCAGGUCCGGCCCCGCGACGGCGAACAGCGACUUGAGCACGUCGUAGAUCGCGAACUGCCCCGAGAUCACCAGGCCACUCCACGCGCACCGCGCCAGCGCCCCGCGGUAGAACCCCGCGAAGGACUCCUCCUCGAGGAUGUCUGCGAAGGCCUGGACCACGGGGUACUGGCCUCCUCUCGCAUUCACGCGCGACAACACCGCGUCCGCGGGCUGCGAGACUAAUGAGGACGCCGUGCCCGCCGCGAGGCCCGCGAGGAACGAGACGAAUAGACGACUCCCAGCCGUCGCCUCGAGCGAGGGCGCCGCUUGGAAGAUCGCGUCGGCCAAGCUAUCAAAAAAGAAGAACUUGACCAUGCCGAAGAUGACCUGGCGGACCACUAACGGUCUAAACCCGUUGUAUAGCACGUUGCCCUCUUCCCUUGAUACCCGUGCCGCCAUGCCGAACAGGUUGUCUCCCUCGAAGCGUUGCGGAUCCGCUACGACUCGGAUUCGUAGGGCUUCGGCUGGACACACCCCAACACACGCUACUAGUGUAGCUAGGGCACCGGCCAGUAACACGAUGGCGGCGCGAAAUUCAAUGGCUUGCGAGGGCGCCACUAGCGUACUCAACGUCCUCGAGAAAUAUUCAUAUCCAGGAUAGACCGUCAGUCCAUAAUAACAGUAGCCAGCUAACGUGGGCGCGGCGCCGAGAAACAGCGCCGACAAGCCUUCAUUCUCGUAUAUUCUGAUAGCAGCACUCCCAAUGGAGUCCGGUUCUGCUUCCGUCUGCUGCCUCGUCUUGACCACAUCAAUCGGCACUAAAACAGCGUGCGUCGCCGAGCAGCCUAGUAAGCCGGCGACCGCGAACGACGCGUACGUUCCUAGCUCUAAAGGCCUUUCUAUAGUCACGGCCUUCUUGCCCUUGUCGCCGAAGACCGAGGAUUGGGACGCUAGUACCGGGGCUAAACCGCGGAUCUCAAAGGCCUUUUUCGUGGAAUCCAGGACUGGGAGUUGCGUGCGAGGUAGUAACGCCAGUGGAUCCGCAUAUAGAUAAUCAGCCAAACCGGGCGAAAAGGCCGGCGGCAGCAACGCCCCGACGCCGCCUCCCCUCUUCCCGUAGACCGGAACGCCUACCAGUAGAUCCUUGAUGCCUCGCACUGGUUGCCUGUCGGGCGCCAGUAACGUAAAUGCCAAAGCUAAGUGCCGCCGUCGCUCCGGAUCGAAGCCGUGCUGCUGCGUGAGUUUAUCUAGCAACGCUUUCCUACCACUACUACCGGGAUACCUCCUCAGACCGUAUUCGACAGAACUCGUAAACGUCCCGAAUUUCGCCGCCAGAAAGGCAGUACGCCGCUUCUUGUCGUAGGACGCGGGCACGGCCCGCUCCUGCUGGGCCCACCAAUUUGAACAGUCGCCGUCGAAGUUGAGCAGGAAACGAGACAAGUAGGUCACGAAUUCUGGGCCAUAAUAGCCGUCGACGAUCUGCUUCGCCGUCGCCGAGAAGGGCGUGCCGCCGGCCCAGUUCAGCGUCGGGGCGCGGUCGUCGGCGGUUGCCGGUUGUACUAAUUCGACGGCGUUCGCUGUUCGUGUGAGUGACAACGUGAACGCCGCGAUGGCCGCGCGGCGCUUCAGCUGCGUGCGGCAGGCCUCGUCGUCGACGUGAGCGUGGCGGCGCGUCGUCCUCGUGAUGGUCUUGCGCGGCGACGGCGCGCGCGGCGCCAGGAGCGCGGAUGUGCUGACCAGCGCGGCGGCCAGCAGGCGCAUGUUUGCCUAUCACCACGCUGAUUUCUCUAGGCAGGCAUUGGCAGUGAGAGUAUAGCGGCCAAAAUCACUGGCUCAACGUGCAAAUACGGUAUUUAUGGCGGCGUAUGGCCAGGCUCUGGCGCGCGCUUCUGCAUAGCUAGCGGCCUGUAAGACACUAGCAAGCAGACGUAGCCAUCGAAAAAGAGCUAUCCAACGCGCGCAACAACCGAGAAGGCUCGACUGGAGCAGUGCAAAAAAUCGCGCGCGUCGAGGAGCUCCAAAGCAGACAUCCAAGCGCUGCGCGGCUUUCCAAGCAGCACACCGCCGUGCAGGCUGCCGAUCCACCGCGCAGGACUCGCGCACGACUCGGCCGCGGCACGCUCGCGCUGCCCCGGUCGCCGCCAGUGCCAGCAAGCACCACAAAAGCCAAAAGCCAGUGCCAGCUAGCAAAGCACAGGAGCAGCCAAGCAAGCACCACAAAAGCCAGCACGCACCAUGCCGAUAGCCGGCGAGUACUCCUGGAAGGAGACGUCGACGCACUGCCACGUGCGCGUGUUGCUGCGGGGCGCGAACCCCAAAGCCGUCGACGUCUACGCGUCCGAUACCUACGUGAAGAUCUCGUACGCGCCGCGGCUCAUCGAGCUUGACUUGGUACAGGAGAUUGAUGAUGACGGCGUGAAGGCGCGCGUCAAGGACAACGCGCUGACGCUGACGCUGCCGAAGAAAACGACGGGGUUGUGGGGGGCUCUGGUAAUAGAGAAAGGGUCGCUGUCGAAGCCCGAGGUGCUAAAGCGGCGAGCGGACGCGCGCGACCGACGCACGAAGAAGGAACAAGCGCUCGCGGAGCGCGCCAAAGACCGGAAGCAGGAAAUGGAUAGAGAUGCAUUGAGAAAACAAAUGGCUUUAGAUGAAACGGAAAGAACUACGGUAGACGACAGAAAAGACUCCGAGAAGAAGCUCGCGGAGGAGGACAUGUACGCCAAGUUCCGCGAGGUGCAGAUCAAGGAGGCGCAGUUGAAGGACGAGGCGGACAGGGAGAAGCGGCGGCGCGAGAAAGCUGCGCUGAAGCAGGCGGCAGCGACAGGUGUGCAUGAGGUAACGGAGGCCGGAUUUGACUUAGACGACAUGAUGGCGAACGACGACAUCGAGGAAGAGGACGAGGAGAACGUGCCACCUCCACCGCCGCAGAUACCAACCGUGCGACCGACGAAAAGAGUGGUCAAUGUGAACCACACCCCCCGAGUGUUCCCCACGCCCAUGCGCGAAAGCAAACUGAAAGAGGAGAACGCAUGGGUGCAAAAACAUCGGCAGCACCUCCACAAAAAUAAAAUGCUCUUCGGCCAGAAUUUGGUGGGCAAAGAUGGAAGGACCAUCGAGGAGGCGGAUCCUACGUGGUUGAAAAGCAGGGCGGACAAGUUCUUCGCGUCCGGCGACAUCAUGAGUGCGGCCUCUGCUUAUGGUGCCGCUCUCGAGUUGGACGCCGACCACCCGGCGUGCCGAGCCAAUAGGGCAGCAUGUUACCUGAAAUUAAAUAAAUUCGAGGAGUGUGAACGGGACUGCGACCUCGGGCUGAAGCUCUCAGAUGCGUCCGACGCGCUGAAGGUCAAAUUUGCAUGCAGACGGGCGGCCGCUAGAUGUGGCGCCGGCAAAUAUUCCGAAGCGGCCGAGGACUUCCGGCAGGCGGCGUCGCUCGCCGACCGCGACUCGGACGACCAGAAACGCUUGUUCGCCGACGCGGUGCGCGCGGACGUGUUGGCGGAAGCGGCGCGGUGUAAGGCCGCCGGCGACUCCUUGCUGUCGUCCGGCGACGCGAAAGCCGCCGUCGACGCGUACGGCGAAGCCUUGGGGCACGAGCCGUCCUUUGUGUCCGCGCUGGCGAACCGGGCCGCGGCCCGCCUAGCGUCGGGCGACGCGGCGGGGGCCGUCGACGACUGCGGCGCGGCGCUCGAUAUCUUCGAGUCGGACGACGUCGUCGCGGGCCCUGUGCCGCCCGCCGGCUCGGCGCAGCGGCGGACGUGGGUGCUGCGGACCCUGGCGCGGCGGGGGGCCGCUUUAUCGCGAUGCGGGCGCUUGGACGACGCCGUCGCGGACUACGAGGCGGCUGUGGCUAUCGCCCCUGACGACGCAAAACUCAAGAGUGACUUGGAGAAGCUGCGAACAGAGGCUGCGAAGGCGACGCCGGUGGCGGAGGCGGCGCUGGACUAA